UAAAAAUGGCUGGAAAUACCUUCCAAGUAUCAUCAUAAAAUUUACUUCAAGACAAAUUCUAAAGUACAUAACACCAAUGGCCGAAAAAUUAAACAAGAAGGCAUCUAUCAGAACUACCGGAAAAUUGGAUAGGAAGGUAGUCAGCAAAACUGCUAGUAAAUUGGACAAGAAGGCAGCUAGCAAAACUACUCAAAAGAAGGCAGUUAUUACUACCAAUAAUCUAGACAAAGCUCAAAUUAAGAAGAUUUUUGACGUUUUUGACUAUAAUGGUAACGGUAUCUUGUCUCUCGCUGAAAUUGAUAAAGCCGUUAUUGAACUCUAUCCUCACCUCGCAAAAGAUAAGCCUGCCAUCAUGCGAGCUUAUAAAGCUGCCGAUACUUCCAAAGAUGGUUUCAUUGAUUUCAAAGAAUUUGGUCGUCUCAUCGAUCUUCUUCAUUACUACAAUGAGCUAUUCAAAAUAUUUAAAAAACUUGAUAUAGAUAAUGACAGGCGUAUCGAUUUUGGAGAAUUCAAAAAAGGUCAUAAAUUAAUUGGAAUAAAUGUGGUAUCAAAUAAAGAACUUAAAUCCAAGUUUAAUGAAAUUGAUACGAACCUUGGAGGUUACAUUCUCUUUGAUGAGUUCUGCAUUUAUGCUGCAAAGAUGAAAUUGAUAUCCGAUAUACCUCAAGAUACUCAAGAUACUCAAAAUAAUCAAGAAGAAAUACCACAGGACGUUCAGAAUAAACAAGAAGUUCAGGAAACUCAAACAAAAUUAUAAAAUUAUAAAAUAGUUUUAUUAGAAAUUUUGCAUAUCAAUUAUUCAUGUCAUAAAUAUCAAACUUUUACAUUUUUCAAUAUCAUCUUUUAAUUUAAAUAAAAAGAAAUUCUUAAAAAGUUUUGCUUUAAUAUUCUUUCAAGUUUAAAUAAU